CUUCCCUUAAUGGGCGUUGCCUUUUUUCACAUCCGUGAAAAGUGCAGGAUUGUUUGUGGAACAUUUGGAAGAUCCCGCCUGUCGUCGGAUUUAGAAGAAGCUUCAGCAGCAACAUGUCCGUGUGGGAUGACUUGGAUUUAUUGUUGGACUCUCCCUCCUCGCUGAGUGUGACGUCCAACAAAAGGGGGACAGUGAAGGACAAAGUCAACUUUAAAGUAGAAGAGGAUGUUGCUGCUCUAAAAGAGGCAAUAGAAGGCAUUGGCACGACCGAAAAGACCCUGGUUGAGGUGCUGACCCAAAGAAGUAACGCUCAGCGGCAGCUCAUCGCCACGGCCUACGAGAAAGCUACAGGACGGAAAUUAAUAGCCGACCUGGAGGGCGACACACACGGAGACUUCGAGGACUUGCUGGUGGCUUUGGUGAAAGCGCCGGACGUCUACGACUGCCAUGAAGUCAUCAAAGCUAUCAAGGGCGCGGGCACUACUGAGAGCACGUUGACAGAAAUCUUCGCCUCGAGAUCCAACAGGCAGAUAAGAGCCUUGUCUGAGGCGUACCUGGCAGAGACUGGAAGACAGUUGCUUCAUGACCUCAAGUCCGAGGUAUCCGGUGAAUACGGCAAGGCACUGCUCAUCCUGGCAGAGGGCAAGAGAGACGAGAGCUCCAGUGUGGAUGCGGCCAAAGCCAAAGCAGAUGCCAAAGCUCUGUACGAGGCAGGGGAGAAGAAGUGGGGGACAGACGAGGACAAGUUCAUUGACAUCCUUUGCCACAGGAGUGUCCCCCAGCUCAGACAAACUCUGGUGGAGUACAAGAGCAUCGGCAAGAAGACUCUGCAGGAGAGCAUCGAGAGCGAAAUGUCGGGAGUCCUGGAGAAGCUUCUGGUGUCAGUAGUCAAAUGUAUGAAGAGCGUGCCUGCGUACCUGGCAGAGACUCUCUACCACAGCAUGAAGGGUUGCGGGACCACAGAGUCCACGCUGACCAGGAUCCUGGUCAGUCGCUCUGAGCUGGAUCUGCUGGACAUCAAAGCUGAGUACAAGAAGCUCUUUGGAUACACGCUCUACUCUCAGCUGCAGUCUGAAGUGUCCGGGAGUUACGGCGACGCCCUCAAACAUCUCUGUGGCCAAGACUGACAACGCCCCAAACUCCCGUGACCACUGAGAAGAAGAUCAAUAAUAAAAAGGACUUUCCCAGCA